AUGUCCGGAAGUGAACAAGUUUCUUCUGGUGAUGCGGAAACGGCAGCUGUUCCUGAUUACAAAGAAGAAAUGAUUACUAAGAAUAAACUACUACAGAAGAAUUCAGGUCGUAGACCCUUCCCAACUUCUUGUGCUUCAGGUAUUGCUGUUAUUGGUAUUACCUUAUUCACUUUGGGUUUGAUCCUUUGUGAAGCCAAGGAAGUUCAAUCUCCAGCUAUAUUAUCAGGCUGUUUAUUCUUUGCCUCAGGCCUAGUUGAACUGAUCACUGGAAUUUGGGCCAUUGUUGACAACAAUCUUUUUGGAUCCACAUUCAUGCUUUGCUAUGGUGGUUUGUUUUUAUCUUUGGGGGUGAUAGUUUCUGACGCUUUCGGCACUGAAGCCGCAUACUCUUCUAGUGACGAAUACAAUAAUGCCUCUGGAUUUUACUUAACUGCCUGGACUGUGUUUACAUUUUUUUUGUGGUCAUCUACUUUCAAGUCUACUCUUGCAAUUUUUGCAUUAAUGGGUCUUCUAUUCCUUUUCCUACUUCUUUAUCCCAUUGCUACAUUCACUGGCAGCAAAGGUGUAAAGGUUGCUUCUGGUGUUGUUUGCUUCAUUACAGGUUGUGGAUGCUUCUAUGGAGUUUAUGAUGGUUUGAACACCGCAGCCAAUGCCUUCGUUAGAACCCCUGAUGACUGGUUAAAAAUGUCAGCUUCACGUCACCAACCUGAAGAUGACAGCUUAAUCGAGAUCGUCUGA